AUCUCGUUCGAACGAUACGUUCCUCCUUAACGCUCUCACUUUUGACAUGUCAGCCUAUUCUGUCGCCGAACGCACCCAGACGGCCAUGCAGGAGCUUGAGGGCUGCUUCGCUUUCAUCGACACUGUGGACGAAGCGCUGCGCUUUGCGCACGAUGUGAAGGCCAACACCCUGAGUUCUGCCAUGCAGCUGAGUGGAUGUACUCGUGAUUCCCGUCUGCUGAUCGCCUUCAAGGAGACAGCCAACCACACCCAUAGCUUCAUCCUGAAGGCGGCGAUCACCAUGGAGGCCCUCGCGGCCUUCAUCCGCGCGACCCACUGCAGCGUCUACCACACUGGCACCACCCAGCUCAACGCCUCCGUCGAUCGGGCCAACGACGCGUACGCAGCUUUCCAGACCGAGCUCGCGGACCUCCUCCCCCACAGCGAGCACGCCGCGGGCGCCGUGCAGGCCUUCGACAAGCUCCUCCAGCGCCGCCUCUCCGGCCCCCCGCUCGUCCGCGCCGUCUCCAAGCGGGCCGCCUCCCUCUGCAAGCGCGUCCUCCCCUCGCGCCGCCGGCACCGCACCAAGCUCGCCAAGCUGCGCGACACGCUGGACGAGAUGCAGUGGAGCGUGUUCGCGACGGGGAAGCUGAUGUCGCAUCUGCAGCACCAGGUGCCCGAUCUGCUGAACCGGGAGGCCGGCUUUGUGGGGUAUCUGGCGUACAAGCUCGAUGCGUGUGAUUGGGUUUAUUUGGUUGAGCUGAUGGACUUGUUGCAGGAAAAGUAUCUGGAUGUUAAGGAUGCUGCUGACUACUUCAAGGACAUGGCGGCUGAGAUGGAGCAGGUCGCUUGACGGCAGGGCUAGGUGAGUGCGCGCCUCCUGCCUCCGGGAUGCUAACUGCGGUUGUCUUGGCGUUGCCUUUCCUCGAUUCGUUUGUUUGCUUGUUUGUUUGUUUCAAGUCACUGUACUUUUUUUUAAACUGUCUGUUGUUGCUUAAUGUAACUCGAAAAAUGCCACCUAUGUGGCCCCGG